AUGUCACUACAAGAUUUUAGAAGACAAACGGAAGAAAUUCGUCUUGAAAAACCACCAAAAAUAGAGAACGAUGAAUCAAGUCAAAACCUAGUAACAUUCUUAGUAAAUAACGUAAAACAGAUAUUCACUGAUGCCGAAGAACCAAUUAUUCUUCUCGAGCCAGAUCUUAAUACUGAAAGUAAAAAUACUAUUGAAAUAUCAACAACAGACAUCAAAUCAACCACAGCACUAGAUGAAACUGUCAGUAUUCCAACAAAGCAAAAUAUGUCUGAAAUGAUGACAGUUGAUGAAAGUAAUACAAGUAAGGCUAACGUUAAAGUAAUAACUGUUGAAGUUAGUAAAAAUGAUACUAAGGUAGAAAAUUUACUAGCAAAAGGGUACGAUUCAUUUCACAAAACUUACAUACAAGAUUCAAAGCAUGAAAUGAAAAAAAAACAACCAUUUAAUUCCACAGUAAUAAAAAUGUCCUUCACGGAAAACGAAAUUAAUCUUUCAAAACGUUCCUGCAUAUCAUGUAAUAAUAUUGUUUCAAUGGGAUGUAGUGAACCGAAAAAUAAAUUGAUACCUUCCGUUAUUUGUAAAAAUAAUGAAGAUAUGUGUUACUCUCAACACACGCCAUUCGGAAUAGUAAAUCGUGGAUGUUUCAACAUACACCGCAAUCUGACUACAUACGUUUGUUCCUGUAAUCUUUGUAACUACAUUUCAAUUUCCGAAAUGCCUCAUAUAUUUUCAAUGAAAAGAGAUUGGAUUGAAAAUGUUAUAGAACUCUCUCGAACGAAAAGUUUCAGAAGCUCUAUAUUUAAAGAUAUGUCUUGCUUGAGAUGUGAAGUAAAUGCAACUUUAACUACAGACUUGAUUUAUAAAACAAAUUGCUUGGAAGGACAUAUAAGUUCACUUCCUAUACAAGAGUGCGGUGAAAACGAAAUUUGUGGUAUUAAAGCUAUUAGAAGCGAGGGCUAUAUCUGGCGAGGAUGUUUAGCCAGUCCCUUGUACAAUCACUGGUGGAUGUUUUGUGAUAGCGAUUUAUGUAAUCACGAUAGUCUUGUAUCAAUUUUUGAAGAAUCUUUAUGA